CACGCCGCGCCGCGCCGUAGGCAGACUGAAGCGGUGUGCGGUUUCGGAAGUGACGUAGGCACUUGCGCCCUGUGGCGCCAUGGAGUCGCAGCAGCCGCCGCCCCCGCCGCCGCCGCCGCCGCCGCCGCAGCAGCAGCAGCAGGUGCAGCAGCAGCAGCUGAGAAACCUUCGGGACUUCCUGUUGGUCUACAACCGGAUGACGGAACUCUGCUUUCAGCGCUGCGUGCCCAGCUUGCACCACCGAGCCCUGGACGCCGAAGAGGAGGCCUGCCUGGACAGCUGUGCGGGAAAGCUGGUCCAUUCCAACCACCGCUUAAUGGCUGCCUACGUACAGCUGAUGCCUGCCCUGGUGCAGCGCCGCAUCGCCGACUAUGAGGCCAGUGCCGCCCUGGCAGAGACGGCCGAGGCGCCCUCCAGCCCUGGGGCCGGCCAGCCUGGGACUCCAGGCCCCGGAAGCUAGAGGGUUCCUGGUCAUCUGCCACCUUGGGAUGGAAAACUCGAAUAUGAGGCUUUCCGACGUCAGGGAAGUGUCAGUGUGACUUGUCAUCCUGUGUCAGUCCCGCCUCUGCUCCUGCCCGCCAGAUGCCCUGAGGUCAUCACAGCAGGGCCCCUUACCUGCCACAAGGGAUGUCCAGGCAGAGGAGAGUGGGCCAAGGAUCCCUUUGGAGACACCAGUGGAGUUCCAAAGUACCAGAGGCUAGUUCUGGAGAUGACUGAACAGAGAAAAGACUGCCUGGAGUCUCAGAAGGGUCAGAAAGCAAGAGAAGGAAUUACUAGUGCAUGGCAACCUUUCACUGAAAACCAGGGAUGGCAUUUCUUUGAGUCCGGAAACAUCCCAAACUCUGUAUUUUUUUCCUUGUCCGAACCUGCCUGUCAGCAGUAAAGUCCUUACAAGUUUCCAUGA